AUGGAGUCAGCAGGAGCGGAAGCGCCAACCCUGUCCAUGGAGGAACGGGUUACCCAUCACGCCAACAUCCUCCAUCGCCUGGGUACGGCUAUGGACCAGGUGUUGGCGCUUCUGGAGAGCUGGGAGAAAAGCGCUCCCCCACCCACGCCAGCAGCUACUGGACAACCUGCUGGCUGCCCGCGGGCGUUCCAAUCGGGCCCUUUUCAUUCCACCUCCCAGUCCUCCUGCUCCAACGCCCAUGGAGAUAAGGGGGGCUGCAGCUUGGAAGACCAGAGGGGGAGUCUUCUCCUGCGCCCACUGUGGUCGCAGAGGGCACACUGCCGACCGGUGCUGGAGAGGCUCGCCCGGGAGUUCAGAGGGCAGGCAGAGCACCACUUCGAUACCUCAGAAAACCGUCUAAUCUCGGAUGCCUUCGCACAGGAGUGUAGCCGUGUACUCACUCUCCUCAACAGUGGUCGGUUCGUGGAGCCCCAAGAUCCUCUGCCCUCCUCCGUUACCUCCCACAUCAAGCAGGAGGAAAGCUACCUGGGCCUGGGGGGGAGUCAAAGCCAGACGCGGGUCAAGUGUCUGUCCCCCACCCUGGGCAAGCCACGGCCCAAGGAGAGCUCCACCGUCGAUCCUGAUGAGGAAGCCCAGCGCAGUCACUGGAGCCAAAAACAAACAUGCGCAUUCCUGCACAUCUUCACAAAGUCCCUCCAGAGCUACCUGAUCACCGGGCUCCAGCAGCCCCACCCGGACCUGGGCCUCGAGGUAGAGCGAGGCCCACCAGCCGAGUCUAGGGUGUCACCCAGCAAUAACCUUGGGGGCUGGAGCUCCCCAGCCCCUUCGGAGUCCUAUGGCCACCCCUCGUCCACCCUGCCGGAGGAGGAAGAGGAGAGCAGCUGCCCUCGCUGUGUGGAGCUGGAGCAGGAGAUGCUGUGCCUGCAGAAGGAGAACGAAGAGCUGCGCAACAAGCUGGACAACACACCAGCUCCCUGCCAGAAUGUGCUGGACUUCUUCAAGACUGUUCUCCAGCACCAUAACCAGUUUAUACAGCCCAUGUCACAGGAGCAACAAACAGAGGGCAGUAAACAGCUCCUGGGGAACUACCCGCUCUUCAUCACCAACAAGCAGUGGGACGAGGCUGUCAACUCGUCCAAGAAGGACGGCCGGCGGCUGCUGCGCUACCUGAUCCGCUUCGUCUUCACCACGGAUGAGCUCAAGUACUCGUGCGGCUUGGGCAAAAGGCAGCGGUCGGUUCACUCAGGAGAGCCUGGGCCGGAGAGACAGCCCCUCAACCCCGUCAAAGUCACCUGCCUCAGAGGUACUGGUGUUAUUUCUACCGAAGAGAUGUGUACUAAAGCAACAUGUAUCCUACUAAAGAGAUGUGUACUAAAGCAACAGGUAUGCUACAGAUAUAAGAUCUUAAUUUGAGCCAGUUUGCUACAGCAGGA